AUGCCGCCCAAGCUACGUAUCGCCCGGCCAGUGAGGGACCCGGCCCUCUCGUCGGCCAUGUGGUGCGGCGCAUUCGCCCUGACGGAGCAAUGCUCGUUCAAGGACCACGCCGGCUUUGACGGCGUCAUGCUCGGCCAUCCCGGGUCCCCAUAUCACUUUGAAUUCACCAUCUGCCGCACGCACGUCGUCACACCAGCACCUACGGACGAGGACUUGACUGUAUUCUACUAUCCGGACGAGAAGGAAUGGGCCGAGACGUGUCAGCGCGCCGAAGAACAUGGCUUUGUGCGCGUGUCGUCUUUCAACCCUUAUUGGGACGACAAGGGGCGGACAUAUGCGGAUCGAGAUGGGUAUAGAGUCGUGCUGCAGCAGGCUGAGUGGACGCUGUGA